UGUGAUCUGUUUUUAGGUCACGACGACGAAAAGACUAAGAUUAAUUUUAUUUAUUUAGUAGCAGCUACUACUGACUGAGUAGCUGAAUAAGUUGAAUAACGUUUUAAGACUUCGUUAAGUCCCGAUAUAAUUAUUUGCGGGCCAAUAGUAAAAACCAAAAAAAUGCAACUUACAUCGGACCCCAGACGUGCUGAUAGGGAAAGGAGAUACAAACCACCUCCUCCCACAUCGGCUCCAGUAGAAGAUCUAACAACGGACUACAUGAAUAUACUGAGUAUGAUCUUCUCAAUGUGUGGACUAAUGAUGCGAUUGAAAUGGUGUGCGUGGACUGCCAUCUUUUGCUCCAGCAUUAGUGUUGCCAAUGCGAGAGUCUCUGAUGAUACAAAACAGAUGUGUAACCAAUAG